AUGGAACAACCAGACGAUGGUCACACAGCUUUGCACCGUCACAGCUCAUCAUCUUUUCAUUUCUACUUUCAUAUAAAAACAUCUGAAAACAUCACGGAGCUGCAACCGCUGCUGCUGCAGGACCACUCAGCUCGGUUCGGUUCGGUUCGGCCCAGAGAACCGGUCAGAUCCGGGUCAGUCCAGCUGUUAACUCACAUCCAUCCCGGACCGGGAGGAGACCGGGAGGAGACCGGGAGACCGGGAGGAGACCGGGAGGAGACCGGGAGACCGGGAGGAGACCGGGAGGAGACCGGGAGACCGGGAGGAGACCGGGAGGAGACCGGGAGACCGGGAGGAGACCGGGAGGAGACCGGGAGACCGGGAGGAGACCGGGAGGAGACCGGGAGGAGACCGGGAGGAGUCCGGGAGGAGUCCGGGAGGAGACCGGGAGGAGACCGGGAGACCGGGAGGAGACCGGGAGGAGACCGGGAGACCGGGAGGAGACCGGGAGGAGACCGGGAGGAGACCGGGAGGAGUCCGGGAGGAGACCGGGAGGAGUCCGGGAGGAGACCGGGAGGAGUCUGCGGGUGUAACGAUGAAGAUUAUUAUAAAUAUUGAAUAUCUGCUGUUAGCCUGUUAGCCUGUUAGCAUCUAGCUCCUCCAGCUCUCUACAACGUUUCCUUGGUAACGCUCCUGCUGCUCUCUCAUUGGUCACCGCUGAUCCCGCCCACUUCCUGCUUCCGGUGUCCCAUGAUGCAACAGACCA